GUACGGGCCGCGGUGCUCUGUGGGAUACUGGCGGUAUAGUCUAUCCUCUGUGCGGCCGUAGCGGAGGGGCCAGGCAGGAGCAGGGUAUGAAGAUGGCGGACGCCAAGCAGAAGCGGAACGAGCAGUUGAAGCGCUGGAUCGGCUCCGAGACCGACCUGGAGCCGCCCGUGGUCAAACGCAAAAAGACCAAGGUGAAGUUCGAUGACGGCGCCGUCUUCCUGGCCGCCUGCUCCAGCGGGGACACUGAGGAGGUGCUGCGGCUGCUGGAGCGGGGCGCCGACAUCAACUACGCCAAUGUGGAUGGGCUCACCGCGCUCCACCAGGCUUGUAUAGAUGAUAACGUAGAUAUGGUGAAAUUUCUGGUGGAAAAUGGAGCAAAUAUUAAUCAACCAGAUAAUGAAGGCUGGAUACCUCUACAUGCAGCUGCUUCCUGUGGAUAUCUUGAUAUAGCAGAGUAUUUAAUUAGUCAAGGAGCACAUGUAGGAGCUGUAAAUAGUGAAGGAGACACUCCAUUAGAUAUUGCUGAAGAAGAGGCAAUGGAAGAGCUGCUUCAGAAUGAAGUAAAUAGACAAGGGGUUGAUAUAGAGGCAGCUCGAAAAGAAGAAGAACGAGUAAUGCUACGAGAUGCAAGGCAGUGGCUCAACAGCGGCCAUAUAAGUGAUGUCAGGCAUGCAAAAUCUGGUGGUACAGCACUUCAUGUAGCUGCUGCGAAGGGCUAUACAGAAGUCUUAAAGCUUUUAAUACAGGCUCGCUACGAUGUAAAUAUUAAAGAUUAUGAUGGCUGGACACCACUUCAUGCUGCUGCUCACUGGGGUAAAGAAGAAGCAUGUCGCAUUUUAGUGGAAAACCUUUGUGAUAUGGAGGCUGUCAACAAAGUGGGGCAGACAGCAUUUGAUGUGGCAGAUGAAGAUAUUCUAGGAUAUUUAGAAGAAUUACAAAAGAAGCAGAAUCUGCUUCAUAGUGAAAAACGGGAAAAGAAAUCUCCCCUAAUUGAGUCCACAGCCAACAUGGAUAAUAACCAGACACAGAAAACAUUCAAAAAUAAAGAGACACUGAUUAUGGAGCAAGAAAAGAAUGCAUCUAGUAUAGAGUCUUUGGAGCAAGAAAAAGCAGAUGAAGAGGAAGAGGGGAAGAAAGAUGAAUCCAGUUGUUCUAGUGAAGAGGAAGAGGAUGAUGACUCAGAAUCCGAAGCAGAGACAGAUAAGACCAAAACCUUGGCAGCUGUAACCAACAAUGCAAAUACCACAAGUACACAAUCAGCAUCAGUAGCUGUGACAGCGCCUUCUGUAGCUGGUGUCCAGGGGGCACCUACAUCACCUGUUAAGAAGUAUGAUUUCAUUCCUCCUAUCAUGCCUGUCGCGGAGUCAGUAGAUCCUGCAUCAUGGAGGCAGGGCUUGCGCAAAACUGGCAUUGUUCUUGUGCCCAAUAAGGGUGAAAAAUCGAUGUUUCCAACAUCUACAACCAAGGUUUCUCCCAAAGAAGAAGAGAGGAAAGAUGAAUCUCCUGCUUCAUGGAGGCUAGGUCUUAGAAAAACUGGUAGUUAUGGUGCCCUUGCAGAGAUUACUGCUUCCAAAGAAGCUCAGAAAGAAAAGGACUCUGCAGGUGUUAUGCGUUCUGCUUCAAGUCCUAGACUUUCCUCUUCAUUGGACAACAAAGAAAAGGAGAAAGAUGGAAAAGGAGCUCGACUUGCAUAUGUUGCACCUACAAUACCAAGACGACUGGCCAGUACCUCUGACAUUGAUGAGAAAGAGAACAGGGACUUGUCUGCUAGCUCAAUACGUGGUGGCAGUUCCUACACCAGGAGAAAAUGGGAGGAAGAUGUCAAGAAAAACAGUUUGAAUGAAGGUCCUACAUCAUUAAACACAAGUUAUCAAAGAAGUGGCUCCUUUGGUAGAAGACAAGAUGAUUUGAUUAGUUCUAAUGUUCCAAGUACUGCAUCAACAGUUACCUCUUCUGCUGGUCUUCAGAAAACACUGCCCGCCAGCGCAAACACUACUACAAAGAGUACAACGGGUUCUACAUCAGGAGGUGUACAAAGCAGUACCUCAAAUCGUUUGUGGGCUGAGGAUAGUACUGAGAAAGAAAAGGACAGUGUUCCUACAGCAGUGACCGUUCCUGUUGCACCAUCUGUUGUAAAUGCUACAGCUACUACCACAGCCAUGACUACAGCUACUUCUGGCACUGUGUCCUCAACAUCAGAGGUCAGGGAGAGACGGAGAUCAUACCUCACUCCAGUACGGGAUGAAGAAUCAGAGUCCCAAAGAAAAGCUAGAUCCAGGCAAGCAAGACAGUCUAGAAGAUCUACGCAGGGUGUAACACUGACAGAUCUUCAGGAAGCUGAAAAAACUAUAGGAAGAAGUCGUCCCACACGAACCAGAGAACAGGAAAAUGAAGAAAAAGAAAAAGAAGAGAAAGAAAAGCAAGACAAAGAAAAACAAGAAGAAAAGAAAGAAUCUGAAACUAAAGAUGAUGAUUAUAGACAAAGAUAUUCCCGAACUGUUGAAGAGCCAUAUCAUCGCUAUAGACCAAGUUCAACGUCUUCGUCAUCAACCACCUCUUCGCUCUCCACCUCCACUAGCUCUCUUUCAACCUCAAGUCAACUAAACAGACCAAACAGCCUUAUAGGUAUAACUUCGGCCUAUUCUCGAAGCGGAACAAAGGAAAGCGAGAGAGAAGGGGGCAAAAAAGAGGAAGAAAAGGAAGAAGAUAAGUCACAGCCUAAGUCUAUAAGGGAAAGGAGGCGACCAAGAGAAAAACGACGAUCUACAGGAGUUUCUUUUUGGACUCAAGAUAGUGAAAAUGAACAGGAACACCAGUCUGAUUCAGAAGAAGGAACAAAUAAGAAAGAAACUCAGAGUGACAGCCUGUCAAGAUAUGAUAUGGGAUCCCUCAGCCUGUCUUCAAGUGAUCGUUAUGAUUCAGCACAAGGGCGGUCGGUGUCACAGAGUUACCUUGAAGAUCGAAAACCAUACUGCAGUAGACUAGAAAAAGAAGAUAGCACUGAUUUUAAGAAGCUUUAUGAACAGAUUCUAGCUGAAAAUGAAAAACUGAAAGCACAGUUACAUGAUACCAAUAUGGAACUUACAGAUCUUAAGCUGCAGUUGGAGAAGACCACUCAGAGACAAGAAAGAUUUGCUGACAGGUCACUUUUGGAAAUGGAGAAAAGGGUGACCGGCAAGAGUCAGUAUCUACUGGGCGGAAAGAAGAGCUCUAGAAAGAAGGAUAUCUGAAAUGGAAGAGGAACUGAAAAUGCUACCAGACCUGAAGGCAGACAACCAGAGGCUAAAAGAUGAAAAUGGGGCCUUGAUCAGAGUUAUAAGCAAACUUUCCAAAUAAAGGGUUUACUACAGCAGCAAGUAUCGGUAUUGCACAUUACUAGUAACUCCAGUGGACCAUAGUAUGGCAGUCACUGGAAGUGUGGGAAGAUCCCUUGGAGACUGUCAUUUUUCAGAUAUCCUGCCAAACGCCCUCUUACCUGUGUGUUUUUUUGUAUCAAGAUCAUUGUUUCUGUUAAAAUGCAGCUGCUGAGAAGAUGAAAUGACUGAGAAAUCUUGUUUACAGCUACAGCGUAAUAAGGAAAGUGUUCAAGGCCAGAUACGCCUCAGAUAUUUAACCAGUAAGCCUUAGUUGUACAUAAACACUUUUACAUCAACAACAGCUUUCAGCUCUCACAGAAGACAGUUACUCAAUGUUUUUGUUGUGCCACAAUUCCCAGGUUUUUUCUAUACUCAGUUUUUCUUCAAACCUUAAGGGUUGUUUUUUUUUUCCCUUCUAAUUAUUCAUGUACCAGAUUUUCUUGUACAGUGUUUUCACAGCUUUACCAUUUGCAGAGACCACACACCCUUUUAAAUUACAUAUUUGUGUAGCUACCUAGAGAUGUAUUGUCCAACCACCUGGAACAGAGAUGCUUGGUGGAACAUUUGCUUUCACUGUUUGUGCAAUAUGCAUUUAUUUCCUAAACAAAAUGCUUUAAAAGUCAGUUGAAACUAGAAAUAUUUUAAGAGUCCUGUUUUCUGCCUUUAUUGGUCACUUUAAAAAUAAAAUUAAAAAAAUAAUUAAAAAAAAAAAGUUUGUAGUGAAAGAUGUUAGAUCCUGUAAUCGUCACAUUCAUUUGAGCAGGUACUGAGUGAUGCUGUAUAUAUAAAUGUGUACUGGUUUGAUUUUUCAGACCACCACGUGGCAUGCUUGAAUAUAUUUCCCUAUUGCAAAUGUCUGUUAAUGCAAAUUAGGCUACUCCAGAAUAGUGUGUUUAACAAAGUUCAUUAAUUUUUAUGGUAUAAAGAAUUUAGACAUUGUACAUUGUAUGGAGCCCUAUCAUUACAAAAGGUCUAAACUAUAUAAAAUACUUUAUUAUCUCUUCCUCCCAUUUUUUUAAUUUGAUAGUGUUCACCAUAAUAAAAAAUUGCAUAAAUAUAACUGCUUCACUACAUUUCACAUACCUGUAUUUAUCUGAGUGCUGUCCAAAACUGUUGUGCUAGCCAAAGUAAUGUACUAAAUCAUCUGAGAAACAUAACCCAUUACACUCACAUUAAUGUUUAUAUGCACUGUUGCUGCCAUGUGAGAAGGCAUCCAAUUUGGUAACACCAUCAAGUCAGACCAUUUUAUACAUUUCAGUGGCCUUUAAAAACAAAGAAAGUACUUAAAUGAAGAUCGCUUUUGUUAGAAACAGCUUUUAUAUUUUCACUAAACCAUUCAAACUAUGACAUCCUAUCGGCACAUAGUUUAUUGCCUAAAACCACUGAGCAGAUCAGCCAUUAAAACAGAUUGUACAUUGUAAAGCUUGUAGUAGCUAUUGUAUUAUUGAUUAUAUUGUAUACUAUAUUAAAUGUGAAUUUGUACCCCUUCAUUUAAAAAGGUCAUUGUGUUCUACUGCCGACUUGGGGGGGCGGGGGGUAGUUUUUCAGGACUGGGAUAUGUUUUGGUAAGAAAGACAUGAUGUCCUCUCUGUUGAUUGGUUUUUUGAAGAUGUAAGGUUAUGCUCUUACUACCAAGCUCAGGAUUCUUGAUUUUAAAGGUACACAGAUAGUUUGAGAUAUCUUAUUGUAAUUGAUCUGUAUGAGAGGUGGGUCUGAACUAUAGGGACUUCCAUUGUCUUACGCUAACAUAAAAUAAAUAAUUGAAUGGCUGCAACAUAUUGAGUUCUGUUACAAGACAGUUAGGCAUAUUCUGGAUUAUAUUUGGUAAAGUUUGGGUGCCUGUGAAUGAUUAAAUAAGUGUUUCUAAUAUUUUAGUGUUUUAUAUUUAGGUUAUUUAUUCUUUAUAUCUAAAAAAUGAAUGGCUACUGUGCUAUAUUGAUUUUAUUGGUAGUACUGAGCAGACCUUGUAUCUGCAUGAAACUAGUUGCAAAACCCACUAUUUUGGAAAAAAAAAUUGUAUUUUGACAUAUACAAAUAAAAUGAAUACAAACUA